AUGUCCUCCGAAUACAAUUACGAUGACCAGGGUCAAUUCUUCCCGUUCUUCAUGCUGACCAUGGCCGGCUUGGUCACGGUUCCUCUCACGUAUAACGUCCUCAAAGCAUCCACAGACCUCGAGCAAACCGCCACCCGAGUAAAGUCAGAUUUCAAACCUCACAAUGUUGACAUCAUCGAGGCGCAGAGGAGGAGACGAAAGAGGCAGAAUCGCAAGACAAAAAGGAUCAUAGCGGUGAUCGCGGGCUAUACAUUCAUGGCUUACAUGAUAUACUUGAUCAUCGUCACGCAGAGAACGGUCCCCAAGAUGUGGGAUCCCUACGAUAUCUUGGGUGUGUCAAGGAGUGCGUCGGAGCGGGAAAUUGACAAAUUCUACAAGAGGCUAUCGCUCAAGUUCCAUCCUGACAAGGCCAAGCCCGAUGCCUCCAAGAAUGAAACCAUGGACGACGUGAACGAUCGCUGGGUGGAAAUGACAAAGGCAUACAAAGCAUUGACGGAUGACGAGAUCAGAAAUAACUAUCUACAAUAUGGCAACCCCGAUGGGAAGCAGUCCACGAGUAUCGGCAUCGCAUUGCCCAAGUGGAUGGUCGAAGAGGGCAAUCGCUGGUUUGUGGUCGCCUUCUACGGCAUCCUUCUUGGAAUCAUUCUACCCUACACGUUGGGGAAGUGGUGGUAUGGAACUCAGGCCCUCACAAAAGAUAAAGUCCUCCAUGCCAGCGCUGGCAAUCUAUUCCGAGAGUGGAAGGAAGAUUUAUCAGAGGGCGCCGUCGUGGCAGCCACCAGUGUCGGCGAAGAAUUUAAAGAGACUCUGAAAGGACCCAGGAGUGAUGCUGGUGCUGCAAAGGUGGAAAGCAAAGUCCUCAGCAGUUCUGCCCUUACAGAAGCAGACAAGGAACGAUUGAAAGCCAUCGACGACCCAGUGCGACGGAAAACACUUGCCCUUCUCUGGGCCUACCUGGCUCGGAUCGACUUGGACGACCCCGAGCUGGAGAAAGAGAAGUUCGAUGUCGCCCCAACCGCUCUCUUGUUGAACAACUCGUUUGCAUCAAUAACUCUGCCAUUUGGCAUGGUGAAACCCCUCUUAGCAUCCUACCACACCUCACAGAACAUCAUCCAAGCCGUUCCGCCCUCGGCUUCAGCAAUUCUCCAACUUCCCAACUUCACACCGGCAAUCGCCGACAAGAUCGUCAAGUCCUCAAAGUUGCCAAUGACAUUUCAAAAGUUCAUGUCUCUCCCGUCCACAACACGAAGACAGCUGUGCUCUGAUCUUUCGGAUGAACAAUACAACCAAGCAAUGGCGGUGGCGGCUCAAAUACCCCAUCUUGUCAUCGCAAAGGCCUUCUUCAAAGUCGUUGGCGAGCGCGUUGUCACACCUGGCUCUUUGGUGCAGCUCGUGAUCAAAGCCCGCGUCAUUCCUCCCGGAACACCAGAAAAGGAGAUUCCCCCAAUCAACCCACUGGAUCUCGAGGACAUUGAUCCGGAUGAAGGAGAUCUAGAUGCCUUGCACGGUCGGAAACCGGCGAAGUCGAAGAGAAAGAAACUCCCCGAUGGCUCGUACGUGGAGGAUGAUGCCAAAGAAGGAAGUGUACAACCGCCUCUGGCGCAUGCACCCUAUUUUGCUGCAGAUCACGCUCCUCGAUGGCACGUCUUUCUCUCAGAAGCACGUACCGGCCGUAUUUCUGUGCCCCCCUUUACAUUUACCAGUUUCGACCGACCCAUAUUUCACCCGGACACUGGUAAACCCACUUUUAACGUCGUCACUUUGAAAUGUCCCUUCCAGGCACCGCCCCAGGUCCACGCCUUUCCGUUUGUCAUGCACUUGGUGUGUGAUAGUUACAUCGGGCUGGACGAGAAGGUAGACGUGGUAUUGGACGUGAGAGACCCCAAGGAAGCUGAAGUGGUCGAGAGUGACGACGACAUUAGCGAACCCGAGGAAGAUUCUCUCGCGGGUCAACUCCAAGCCAUGAAAUCCGGCGGCCUGACCGGCUCCCCAGUGACACCGAAGAAGAAAAAGAAGAAGGCUGUGGCUGCCGACACGAAAGGGAUCCCUGUGGCGCAGACUCAAGCCAACACGACCCAAGAAGCAAGCGAUGACGACGACGAAAGUGACACCGAUGGUGACGAUGAUGACAGCGACACUUCCGAGACGGAUACCGAGACAGAGGACGAGGACUCGUGA